UCAAGCACGUAUGAUUAGUUUUACCGUUUUUUUCACUACCAAAAUUUCUUCCAGUGCAAAAUGAUUUAUUAUGCCGUAUUGUGUGCCUUAUUAACAACUCCUCUAAUCCUCAAAAUUUACCUAAAAUUGAGGACCAAGUGGUGCCGAAGCCCCAAAUGCCUUAUUGGGAAGACCACCAUAAUCACCGGAGCUAACACAGGAAUUGGGUUUGAGACAGCCCUCAACUUUGCCAAAAGAGGGGCUCGUGUGAUUUUGGCAUGCCGUGACCCUAAAAAGGCCGAAACUGCGCGCCAAAAAAUCAUCUCCGAGUCCGAAAACCAAAAUAUUUUUGUGAAAAUCGUCGACUUUGCCUCAUUUGAGUCAAUUCGAGGAUUCGCAAAAAGUGUCCAUGAGACGGAAAAUCGGUUAGAUAUUCUGGUAAAUAACGCGGCUGUGGCUUGUGAAGGGACCCAAAAGACCCAUGAUGGGUUUUAUCUCGGGAUGCAAGUCAAUUACUUGUCACUUUUCCUCCUCACAAAUCUGCUUCUGGAUUUGAUGUCAAAGUCCGGUCCUGGGCGAAUCGUCAACGUGUCCUCAAUUAUGGCCAAAACGGCCCUUUUUUUCAACCCAGACAACCUCCGGAGUUACUACGGAGAUGUUGACAUGUACUCCCGGACUAAACUCUGCAUAAUCCUCUUCACGCAACAACUGGCCCGGAAAUUGCAAAACACCCAAAUUACCACCUACUCACUCCAUCCCGGAGCCGUAAAAACUGAAAUUUUCCGGCACCUUACCGGAUUUAAUUUACUUGUUUCUGCCAUUAUCAAAUUUUUUUUUGCCAAGACGCCGGGAGAAGGGGCCCAAACUAAUAUUUACUGUUCAGUGGAGAGGAAUAUUGAGAAGUUUAGUGGACAACAUUUUGAGGAGUGUCGCAAAGUUGCGACGUAUCCGAAUGCGAGAGAUGCCUCAGUGGGGGAGAGGUUGUGGAGGGUUAGCGAGGAGUUGGUCAAGCUGAAAGAGGAGGAGAAAUUUCAGUUUGGUGCCUAAAAUAAAUGUGUUACUGAAUAAA